CUCACUUCCACCUGCCGCGCCGUCGGGAGCCGGGAGGAGGCGGGGACCCGCUAUCCCAGCCAAUGAGCGACGCCGGCGCUGGCAGCUGCCGCUAUAAAGGGCUGGGGGCGGCGGCAGUGCGACCCAGAGCGCGGAGCGCGCAGCGCGGGCCGGUGGGAGGGAGGCAGGGCGGGCGAGAGGAGAGGAUCCAUCACCCGGCACGGGACAGGCCGGACAGUGGGCCCGCCGCAGAAGGCAGGGCUGCCGAGAUCUCAGUCAGAAAGAACGACUUCUUCGGGCCCCGCGGGACCGCGAUCCCGGCACCCUCUACCGCGCGCCCGCUCCUUCCAUCCACCUGCCGCCGGGGGUCUGGCCGUCGAAGCGCGCAUCCCCAGGCUCGGGUCAAUUCCCGGCCCUCGAGGGCGCCGCCGCCUCCAUCUCCGCCUCUGCAGCGUCCGCAGCCGCAGACGCCCGGGCGGGACCCCGGCGUGAGCACCAGGCGCCCCCCUAGGAGUGCACGACCCCCGGAGCCGCCCUCGAUACGGACCGCGCCCGCCGGGCACACAAGAAUGGUCACUAUACUGGGGGCCAUGGAGUCUCAGGUUGGGGGGGGGCCGGCCGGCCCGGCCCUGCCCAACGGGCCACUCCUUGGGACAAACGGAGCUACUGACGACAGCAAGACCAACCUCAUCGUCAACUACCUACCCCAGAACAUGACACAGGACGAGUUCAAGAGUCUCUUCGGCAGCAUUGGGGACAUAGAAUCCUGCAAGUUGGUUCGGGAUAAGAUCACAGGGCAGAGCCUGGGCUACGGGUUUGUGAACUACUCUGACCCCAAUGAUGCAGACAAAGCCAUCAACACCCUCAAUGGCCUCAAACUGCAGACCAAGACCAUCAAGGUGUCCUAUGCACGCCCCAGUUCUGCCUCUAUCCGGGAUGCCAACCUGUACGUCAGUGGCCUCCCCAAGACUAUGAGCCAGAAGGAGAUGGAGCAGCUCUUCUCCCAGUACGGCCGAAUCAUCACCUCCAGAAUCCUGCUGGACCAGGCCACAGGUGUCUCUCGGGGCGUGGGAUUCAUUCGUUUUGACAAGAGGAUCGAGGCAGAGGAGGCCAUCAAGGGACUGAAUGGGCAGAAACCACUGGGUGCCGCCGAGCCUAUCACGGUCAAAUUUGCAAACAACCCAAGUCAGAAGACAGGGCAGGCCCUGCUCACCCACCUGUACCAGUCCUCUGCCAGGCGCUACGCUGGUCCCCUGCAUCAUCAGACACAGCGUUUCCGGCUGGACAAUUUGCUCAACAUGGCCUAUGGAGUCAAGAGUCCCCUGUCGCUCAUCGCCAGGUUCUCCCCAAUCGCCAUCGAUGGCAUGAGUGGCCUGGCAGGCGUGGGCUUGUCCGGAGGCGCUGCAGGCGCUGGCUGGUGCAUCUUCGUGUACAACCUGUCCCCAGAAGCUGAUGAGAGCGUGCUGUGGCAGCUUUUCGGACCCUUUGGGGCGGUCACCAAUGUCAAGGUCAUCCGAGAUUUCACCACCAACAAGUGCAAGGGCUUCGGCUUCGUCACCAUGACCAACUACGAUGAAGCAGCCAUGGCCAUCGCCAGCCUAAAUGGCUAUCGCCUGGGCGAGCGCGUGCUGCAGGUGUCCUUCAAGACCAGCAAGCAGCACAAGGCCUGAGCGUUUACCG